AUGCGUCUAAGUAAUAUAAUACAGUCUGUACUUAGCGUAGCAGCACUUUCAAACAUCGCUAUUGCUGCUGAUUCUAACUCUACUUCCAACUCCACCGCUCCAAUUACUAUCGAUGGUAAUGCCUUCUAUAACUCUGCCACUAAGGAAAGAUUCUAUAUUAGAGGUGUAGACUACCAACCAGGUGGUUCUUCUAACCUAACAGAUCCUUUGGCUGAUGCUGACAUCUGUGGUCGUGAUGUUCCUGUAUUCAAGGAUCUAGGUAUCAACACAGUCAGAGUAUACACCGUGGACAACUCUCUUGAUCAUACCGAAUGUAUGAAAUUGUUGUCCGAUGCAGGUAUCUAUUUGAUUCUAGACGUUAACACCCCGACUUCUGCCAUUUCAAGACUGAAUCCAAGUUGUUCUUAUAACGCGGACUACUUACAAAACGUGUUUGCUACUAUCGAUACUUUUGCCACUUACGAUAACGUUCUAGGGUUCUUUGCUGGUAACGAAGUCAUUAACAGUGAUAACACUACUAAUACUGCAACAUACGUCAAGGCCGUCGUUAGAGACAUGAAGAAAUAUAUUAAGGCAAGAAACUAUAGAACCAUCCCCGUCGGUUACUCUGCUGCUGAUAUUGUAGCCAAUAGAGCUCUAAGUGCCCAAUAUUUCAAUUGUGGUGAUGAUGCCGAUGCUAGAAUUGACAUGUUUGGUGUAAAUGAUUAUUCUUGGUGUGGUCCUUCAUCCUUUGGUGUGUCUGGUUACGCAACAAAGAUGCAAUUAUACAAAAACUACUCUAUUCCAAUCUUUUUAUCCGAAUUCGGUUGUAAUAAAGUUGUAUCAAACAGACCAUUCACCGAAAUUGAAUCCAUUUACUCUACACAAAUGAGUAGUGUUUUCAGUGGUGGUCUAGUCUACGAAUACUCCAACGAAACUAAUAACUAUGGUUUAGUGAAAAUUGAUUCAGACGGUACCAGUGUCACUAAGUUGACCGAUUACGAAAACUUGAAGAGCGAAUACGCCAAGGUUUCCAACCCAACUGGUGACGGUGGCGCCUAUGCUGGUAAUGAUUACUCUACUUGUCCAGAUUAUGAAAAGGAUACUUGGGAAGCUAAUAACACUUUGCCUGAUAUGCCUACUGCUGCUUCUGCCUACUUCAAGAGUGGAGCAGGUGAACCAAUGGGUACUUUUAUCUCCACGCAGAACAGUUGUCAUGAUGACGAUGAUGACGAUAUUGUAAGUUUGUCUAGUGUUGCUUCUUCUUCUUCCUCAGCUGUUGAAUCCAGCUCUUCAUCCGAAGCAGAAUCUACGUCGACUUCUAGCACAACCACCAUGUCUUCCAGCACUGUAGCAUCAUCUACUUCAUCUUCCAGCUCGAAGUCCAGCAAGUCUAAACAUUCUAAAGGCGCUGCUGGUACUUUAGAAAUCCCAGCAAUUUUCCAAUUGUUAUCUCAAACUUUUGGCUACAUAUUGUAA